AUGGAUGUCUCACUCGAACAUUUUGUAUCUCCAAAUGUGCCUACGAAACUUACACCAUCAAAAGGCAUGCAAUUUGAAUCAGAUGAGAGUGCAUAUAGUUUUUAUAAUGAGUAUGGAAGAAUUGCAAGUUUUAGUAUCAGAAAAGAGUAUGUGAACAAAUGUAAAAAGACCGGAAUUGUUACGUCAAGGAGAUUAGUGUGCGCGAAGGAGGGAAUUCGAGGUAUAGACAAGCGAAAUAGUAACAUAAAAAAAUCUCGAGCAGAAACAAGAUGUGGAUGCGAUGCACAUUUAGUUAUUAUGUAUAAUCGAGAUAGUAGCAAAUACAUGGUGAGUGACUUCGUUGCUGAGCAUAAUCACAAUCUCCAUCUCUCAACAACUGUACACAUGAUGCCAUCACAACGGAAAAUAUUUACAACUCAAGCUACUGACAUUGAUUUGGCAUAUGAAUCAGGUUUAAGACUAAAGGAUUCUUAUCAGCUUAUAAGUAAGCAAGUUGGUGGAGGUGAUAACCUUGGUUUAACCAAGCAAGAUCAUAAGAACUAUCUACGCAAUAAGCGACAAAGAGCCUUGAAGUUUGGGGAAGCUACUAGUUUGGAAAUGUAUUUCCGUCAUCAACUUAAAGAAAAUCCUUCAUAUUAUUAUGCAUUUCAAUUGGAUGUUGAAGAGUUGAUUACUAAUAUUUUUUGGGCUGAUGCAAGAAUGGUCAUUGACUAUAGCCAUUUUGGUGACGUAAUAGCGUUUGAUACAACAUAUAGCACAAAUAGAGAUACAAGACCGCUUGGUGUAUUUUUGGGACUUAAUCAUCAUAGAGAGACUGUCGUAUUUGGAGCUGCACUGUUGUAUGAUGAAACAAUUGAGUCUUUUGUAUGGUUGUUUGAGACUUUCCUAGAAGCAAUGUCUAAAAAGAAGCCAAUUACAAUUUUCACCGAUCAAGAUGCAGCAAUAUCAGCUGCUCUUCAGAUAGUGAUGCCUGAAACGUAUCAUUCGUUGUGUAGUUGGCACAUGUGGCAAAAUGCUAAUAGGCACUUGGGCUAUUUACUUAAAGGUGGGUCCCGAUUUAAUAAAGAUUUCUUAGCAUGUGUCUAUGAGUAUAAUGAUGAAGAUGACUUUCUCUCUGCUUGGAAUAUCAUGUUGGAAAAGUAUGAUGCUCAUGAAAAUAAGUGGCUAAUAGAUAUAUUUAAAUUGAAGGAGAAAUGGGCCCAAGCAUAA